AUGUCUGGAUCUCUACGCUUAUUACACGUAGCAGAUUCAGUGAAAGAAAAGAAUGCAGGUGAUAUUUCAAAUAUUGUUAAUGGGAUUGAAGAAGAACUUGAAACGAUUUUAUCAAAUUUUCCUCCGAAUUCUAUUGAAGUUCUUAAAAAACUCCACACACAUUGCGAAGUAAGCAAUUACAGAUUUAAUGACGCAGUUUUAUAUAUAGCAAACUGUGCUUUAUUAGUCGAUGAAAAUUUUAGAUCAAUACGUGAUUAUGUUGCAAGUAUAUUUACAAAUAUUGUUACAUAUCCAUCCUUUUCUCUACAUUAUUUUUCCAAUAAUGAAAUAUUUGAUUCGUUAUACCAAGCAAUGAUAAAUGAGAGGACAUCAGACCCAGCAAAUUCUAUAUUUUAUUCCCUAAUUUCUAAAUUCCCAUCAAAAUCGAUACAAUUUCUUGAUGAAACAAUUAUCAAAAAUUUAAUUGAAUAUUUUUCAACAAACUACAUACAAAAUGAAAUAUACAACCACAAAUUAGCUACAGAAUAUCUUGAUUUCUUCGAUUCAGUUGCAAAUAUACCAGAAGAUCUUUAUCAACCAGUUCUUGCUAAUAUUCACGAUUAUAUACAGUUUCUAUUGAAUGACAAAGAUGCAUACAGCCUCGGAUUUAUAUUAGCUUUUAGAUUUUCGAAAUAUAAUUUAGUUUUUGAAAUUCCAGAGAUAACUGAGAAGCGAGAGCAGUACAUUAAGUACCUCUUGCACUUAUCUUCAUUAUCAAAUUACGAUCUUUUGAUUAGUUUUGAUGAAUUUUUUGAAUUUUUCAAAAAUUUAGAAAAUGAUAUUUCUAUUUCGUUAGUUUUAGGUAAGAUUAUGUCAAUACACUCCAACAAGUUUACAGAUGAACAGAAGAAUGUAUUAAUACAGUACUUUAUUGAAAAUAAUGAGAAUUAUCCUUUUAAAAAUGCAAAUCCGAUCCUUUUUGGUUUUUGCUAUUUUGAAAUGGAGACAAUUAUACAAUAUAAAGACUUUUUGGACCUUUAUUUCACUCAUUCAUUCAAAGAACCAAAUGAAUUCAGUCUCCAAUUCAUUAGAUUCAUUUUAAGUUCAGUAAUGUAUGCAGCUCAACAUAAUAAUAUAGAUUAUAUUGACCAUUUUCUUUCUUUAAUUCAAGAUUAUGAAGAAUAUUUUGAUUCUUUUUCUAGUUAUUCAAAUGAGCAUGCACAAUUAAUAGAAAUACUACUGAAUGCAUUUACUAAGUUUUCAGAAGUGCUUAAAGGUCAAUAA